UAGCCACCUGCGAAUACCUGCUCUAAGGCUGAUUUCUGUUGACACAAGGCGGUUUCCUAGAAACAUUCAUAAAGCAUUUAACCGGUUCCUCCUGCACACCGCAGAAAAACGUUCAGCUAACAUACGGUGACAGCGACCCAGGACAACCGCUGAGCAUCGCAUGUUGUCUUGCGACAAAAAUGGCCUUGCUUGACUGCCUCUCUCGUACUCAAAAAAUAAUACUAGCUAUCUUGUGUUUUCCUCUGCUCCCGUUCUACCUGUGCUAUGUGUGCUGCUGUUCCUCUGAUGAAGAUGGCGGAGAGGCCAAGGCGAGUCAGAAAGGUGACCUAAGGCGAGCGGAAGAGGCCAAAAACGACGCAGUGGAUGGUCAUGGGGUCAAAGUCACAGUCAACAUUCAGCCAAGCCCAAGAACCCUGCCAAGGAGCACUGCCACUCAAAGAGAACAGACAGACAAGAGUGUGGAGUGUAAUGUAAAUGGGAACAGGGAAGUGGUAACGGUUGAGAUUCAUCCAAAGAAAAGGACGGCUAACUUGGUGAAGAAGUUUUCUUUCGGAAAAGGAAAAGUAACCAGCAGAAAUGAAGCCGUGUAUGAAAAUGAGGGCUAUGUCAAUGACCAGAAUGGAACCAAAGUGAGCAAUGCAAUACUACUUGCUUAUCCAUGGGAUGGGUCUACGCUUAAGUCAAUGCGGAUUGAUUUAAAUCAGUUUAAACAGCUCGAUGCUUAUGCAAGUGAGGUGAGGGCCAGCAGCAGUGUGGAGGUUCUGGUCCGGGAUCUGCUCAGAGGCACCAGCAGUGAUGUUGAGAAGCUGAGGGCGAUUUGGGUUUGGGUGACGCACCACAUCGCGUAUGACAUGGAAGGCUACCGGAACCCCAAUCUGAGGUCGGCGUCCCCGGAUGACGUCUUACGGACAGGGAGGGCCGUGUGUGCGGGAUACUCCAGUCUGGUUCAACGGAUGUGCAGUCUUGCAGGUAUAGAGUGUAAGGAGCUGUCUGGGUAUUCCAAGGGUGCUGGCUACAAGCUGGGAAACCGAUUCCGUGGGGAGUCGGAUCAUGCCUGGAACGCUGUCCGACUGGCUGGGAGUUGGCACCUUCUGGACGCUACCUGGGGAGCUGGUCAUGUGACUGAUAAUGUUUCUCAGUUUGAAUUCAAAUAUAAUGAGUUCUACUUCUUGACUCACCCUGCCCUUUUCGUGGGAGAUCAUUUCCCGCUGGAGGGUCAGUGGCAGCUCCUGAGACCACAGAUCUCGCUUAAGCAGUUUGAGGAUGCCGCUUUCCGGAAAAGCUGCUUUUAUAAUUCUGGCCUCCUGUCUUCGCAACCAGAGUCUUGGCUCAUCCAUUCAGAUCAAAAGACAACCAUCACCAUAAAGAGUUCAUCACCUACGCUCUUCAUGCAAACGCUCAACGACAAAGAGAACCAUGGCAUCUUAACCCUGAAGCCAGACGGAAUGAUGCUGGAUGUCUAUCCCCCAGAAAUCGGAAAACAUUCCUUGAAAAUCUAUUGCAGGGACCCAGAUUCUACAGAAAAGAUGUACAACUCAGCGUUGCAUUAUGAGAUCCAGUGCAAGGCCGUCGACCGGGGGCUGAACUUGCCUGAAGAUCUGAAAAACCCCAUGGGGCCCAGCUGGAUGUCUGAGCAGAGCGGCCUCUGUGACCCCUCCCAGCGUGACUCUCUGGUCCACACCGCUGACGGUCGCUGCUCCUUCAGCUUCCGUGUGGACAGUCACUGGGAGUUCCUCAGCAUGCUGAGCACAGAGGUCUUUCGCAUGACAGAUGAUGAGCAACGCAGGCACACAUUCAUGUCUAGAACUGUGGACCGUGUUAAAUUCCAAGUGCAGAUACCAAGACCUGGGCUAUAUCAGCUCUGUAUCUAUGGCAAAGAGAGAACAAUGGCAGGCAGUUUCAGCAACGUCUGUAAUUAUCUGAUCUCCUGCACCAACCCCAAAGUGAGCUGGCCGGUCUUCCCUUUGAAAUACACUACCUGGCAGGAACACUAUGAGCUGGUUGAGCCUCUUUCCGGUGUCCUCCCAGCCAACCGGACCAUCCGGUUCAAGAUGAGGGUCCCAGGGGUCUCCCAAGUGUCAGUGCAAGGGAAAGCCACACAGGAUCUGUGCCUGGAUACAGAUGGAUUCUGGAAUGGUUGCUGCAGCACUGCGGGAUGUCUGGAUCUGUCAGUCAUGAUCAGAGAGAAUCCUAAUGACCUUACUCGCUCCUUUAUACUUAACUAUCAAGUGGGGGGUAAAAGUGACUAGCAACAGUAAAGUCUGCCUUGAAUUUGAUAGUUUCCUCAAUAAAAAAAGAAAGUACCUUACAUGUAUGA